AUGUCCACUGUUAAAUUUUCAUUCCAGGUUUUCUUGCUGAUUUUUUUUGCCUUCGUUCUUACUAAGAUCAAUGGCAAAUUUGAGUUUACCAAUUUAAAAUGCACCUCACUGGACAAACAAUUUGUAGAAUUUGAAAGUUGUUAUUUAAAAUCAAUUAAUCGCACCUAUAAAUUUUUGACAAUCAAAGCCAAACUUUUAAAGUUGCCAUUAGAAAAUCUAACAAUCCAUGUGGAAGUUCUCAAGCGUUUAAAUGGCUAUAAGCCAUUUCUCUAUAAUUUCAAAGUAGAUGCUUGCAGAUUUUUAUCAAGUCAAAGAAAUUCUGUAACACAAUAUUUCUAUGAUUUUUUUGCUUCAUAUUCCAAUAUGACUCAUCGGUGUCCCUAUAAUCAUGAUCUGACCGUGGAAAAGUUGCCCAUAAGUCAUAUGAAUCACAUGGUCACUAAUGUUCUUCCAGUUCCCGAAGGUAAUUAUUUAGUUCAUAGUGUUUGGACUGUAAAUGGUAAAAAACGUUGUGAUAUUAAGGUUUAUGUAAGUAUUAAUUAA